AGAGACCAGCGAACGAAGCAGAAAUAUCGCAAUCUCAACCCUCGCUUGUUUUUAUCCUGCCUCUUUUUUCUAUUCGUUUGAAAUACGAGCGGAAAAGAAAGAGAAAGCAAGGCGUUUGUGGAUUCAGCUUUCAGCCUAUUCAAACCUGUCUGCAUUAGCUCUAUUUCUCGAUUGUCGCCUUUUUGGCUUUCUCGCUGCUCGGGCACGGAUUGGGUUGUCUUCGUUUACUCUGGAAAGAAACCAUCUGAAUCUUUCUGCACUUGCUGAUCUUCGAAGGAAGCACGAAAAGUUAAACCCUAGUAAGGAUCCCUGAUCUUGAAUCAGUAUGGGUAACUGUUGCGCGAGACCGGUUGAUUCUUCUGAUAAGGUUGAGAAGGCGAAGAAUAAGAAGGUGGGCAAGCAGAACCCCUUCUCCGUUGAUUACAACCGAAGCCCAAUCGCCGGUGUGCCCAAGCUCGUGGUACUCAAGGCGCCAACAGGCCGAGACAUCGGCAGCAGCUACGAGCUCGGCGACGAGCUGGGAAGAGGAGAGUUUGGGAUCACCUAUCUAUGCAUCGAUAAAGCCACAGGGGAGAAAUUUGCUUGCAAAUCGAUCUCCAAGAAGAAGCUGAGGACUGCGGUUGAUAUUGAUGAUGUGCGGCGCGAGGUCGACAUCAUGAGGCAUUUGCCCGCGCAUCCCAAUAUUGUGAGCCUUAAAGAUACUUAUGAGGACGAUAACGCUGUUCAUCUUGUGAUGGAGCUCUGUGAGGGUGGAGAGCUUUUUGAUAGGAUUGUUGCCAGGGGACAUUAUACUGAGAGAGCUGCUGCUGCGGUCACUAAGACUAUCGUUGAGGUCGUUCAGAUGUGUCACAAGCACGGAGUGAUGCAUCGUGACCUAAAACCUGAAAACUUUUUGUUUGCUAAUAAGAAGGAAACUUCUGCAUUGAAAGCAAUUGAUUUUGGUCUGUCUAUAUUUUUCAGGCCUGGUGAACACUUUUCCGAGAUUGUGGGAAGUCCUUAUUACAUGGCUCCAGAGGUUCUAAAGCGAAAUUAUAGCCAAGAAAUUGAUGUAUGGAGUGCUGGAGUUAUAUUAUACAUUUUGCUUUGUGGUGUACCACCAUUUUGGGCUGAAACUGAACAGGGAGUUGCGCAGGCAAUCAUUCGUUCUACUGUAGAUUUUAAGAGAGAUCCUUGGCCUAAAAUUUCGGACAGUGCUAAAGAUCUUGUUAAAAAGAUGCUUGAUCCAGAUCCAAGGCACCGCCUAACAGCUCUAGAAGUGUUAGAUCAUCCUUGGUUGCAGAAUGCCAAGAAGGCCCCAAAUGUUAAUCUGGGUGAAACUGUUCGAGCCCGACUUCAACAAUUUUCGUCGAUGAACAAGUUCAAAAAGAGAGCUCUCAGAGUUGUUGCUGAGCAUUUAUCUGUGGAGGAAGUUGCAGAUAUAAAGAAAAUGUUUGAGAUGAUGGACAUAAACAGAAAAGGGCGGAUCACUCUGGAAGAGCUGAAGUCUGGACUUCAGAAACUCGGGCAUCAGAUUCCUAAUGCAGAUGUUCAGAUUCUGAUGGAUGCUGCUGAUGUUGAUGGAGAUGGAACCCUAGAAUAUGGCGAAUUUGUCGCUUUAUCAAUUCACCUGAAGAAAUUGGGCAAUGAUGAGCAUCUGCACAAAGCCUUUGCUUACUUCGAUCAGAACAAGAGUGGCUACAUCGAAAUCGAAGAGCUGAGUGAGGCGCUAGCCGAUGACUUGGGUCCUAACCAUGAUGAAGUCAUCAAUGCCAUCGUCCGCGAUGUUGAUACCGACAAGGAUGGAAAAAUUAGCUAUGAGGAGUUUGCAACUAUGAUGAAAGCCGGGACAGAUUGGAGGAAGGUGUCAAGACAGUAUUCGCGUGAACGGUUCAACAGCCUUAGCUUGAAGCUGAUCAAGGAUGGCUCAUUACAGCUAAACAAUGGGGGUAACUGAAUUCUUUGGCCCUUUUUGUUAGUUCUUCCCUUUGCUUAGGACUUGAUAUUCUUUUUUCGCCUGCUAUCUACAUCUCAUUGGUUCAGUUCAUUAGGGGUCUGGUGAUGGUUCUAGGUUUGCCAUGUUUCUAGACCUCAGCAGCUCCUCUUUCAUGAACCUUAGGAAUGAAAUUAUGAAAGGAAGUGUAUAGGAAAUGGGAUGUAUGUAUAUAUGUAAUGUUCUCCAAGAGCUUAGUGUUGUUUACAUUGGAAAUAAUUAUCAUUCUUCCCAUUUCUGAGCUCUCUCUCCCUCCCUCCCUCCCUUCACUAAUUGUCCCAUAUCACCACCACACCUUUUAGGUCAAAAUGUUGAGAUAAUUGUAAGGGAUUGUUCUGUUGCUAUUAAAAUUACUUAUGUUUGGAUUUA